AAGAGAAGACUUUAAAACUCUGUAACGACGCUUUCUACCUCCUUUUCAGGAAAGUUCGCCUAGGAAUGAAUGUCCGUAGUAUGAUAAAGACGGUGACGAGAUUCGCCGCUGUGUUUCUGUUGUUUGUAGGCGUGGCUUACACCGCUCCCCUGGAAACGGACCUCGAAUUAAUGGCCCUUGUCCCCCCUUCUCGUCCAAAUUCCUUUCAAAAUUUUCAAGAAAUGCAGCGCUAUCUGAUGGAAUUAAAUAAUUUUUAUCACAUGAUGUCACGUCCGAGGUAUGGGCGAGACGUUAGUCACGCAAGUCUGAAACCAAAGAAAAUGCAGGAAUUACUUCAUCUGCUGUUGAAUCCAGUGGUUUAAUGCAACAUGUUCGAUUUUUUUUUAUCUCUGGGAUUAUCCGUUCUACAGUAAAUGGCUAUGCCCUGUUAACAUUUCUUAUAUUGCUUUGUAAAAUGGCGACUGGAAACACUUUUCGAACACGUGCAUAAUUGAAGUAGCAAAUUUAUCCGAUGUACAAUACAGAAGUAUAAUUGUUUGAAUAAACUGUC